AUGAUUGUGGUUUUUGACGAUCGGUUAUCUUACCUCCAGGACAUCUCUGUAGGCGUUCUUCAGGCUUGUUUAAUCUUUGGACUACUUGCCUUCCUUGCACUGCCUCUGUCAAUGGCUUUUGUGGGGAUGAAGUUCCUGGAUAGUUGCCCUAUUCAGCCAUCGAUUCCUUUGUACUUGCUAGUUGGAGGAAUAAUCGGCAGUCUGAAGGUUACCCUCUUACUCUAUGAUUCUGCAAAAAUGAGGCAACUUCUUUCCAAAUCUGUUGUGAUUGGCGAUGACGAUGAUGAUGAAUAUCCAUGGCGACAAAAUCUUCACCGUUAUUACAUCCAUGUUACCCUCAGUCUGUUCCUGUUUGUGUGGUUUAUAUUGGGAAACUACUGGGUGUUCUCUACAUAUCUGCCCAAUUUUAUUCCACCUUUUCACCAGCCUCAGGAUUACUGUGAUAAAACUGUGUACAUCUUCUCAGUGGUUGUUCUGGUCAUAAGUCACACGGUUCUAGGCCUUUUGGUUCUGUGCAGUUGCUGCUUAAUCUCUUUCUCAAAGCAAGGUGAUGAUUCAGAAGAGGAAUGA